AUGGACUUCACUGAACUCUACCGCUUUCACGGAAACCUCGCGUUCAGCCCGAACUCGCGUUUCAUUCUCGCGGCCAUCCAAAACCGACUUGUACUCCGGACUACUUCUACCUUCCAGAUCUUCCAAACGUGGCAGAUCGACCAAUCUCCAACCCCAACAAACGCGUUGUUCUCGUCGAAAGACAAAACAUCCUCAGAACCCAUCUCUCAUAUCGGCUGGUCAUGUGAUUCUGAGUACCUUCUUGCUGCCUCGACGAAGCAGGGUACAGUUCACGUCUAUAAUGUCCAAGAUAUCAACUGGUCCGCUCGCAUUGAAUCCGGAACAGAAGGUCUUGUCAAAGCUGAAUGGGCCCCAGAUGGUCGCACAAUCCUUUGUUUCUCUCAGUGGGGACUAAGGGUUACAAUCUGGUCCCUGGUGACUGGUGUCGCGAGCGCAACCUACAUACAGUUUCCUGUUCAUCCAGACACUGGUUACGCAUUUCGUUCCGAUGGCCGUUACUUUAUCUUGGCUGAACGACAUAAAUCAAAGGACACGCUCGGUGUGUAUGACACCCAGGACUCAUACAAACUUGUUAGGCACUUUCCUCUACCAACUUCUGCCUUGGCGUCGUUAGCCCUAUCUCCUACCGGGAACCACUUCGCGGUCUGGGAAGGACCCAUUGAGUACAAGCUUCAUGUUUUGUCCCUUGCUGGUGAUCUUCAAGGCUCAUUCUCUCCUGAUUCGGACCCCGGAUUCGGCAUCCGAAGAGUAUCGUGGCAUCCCAGCGGCAUGUUUCUUGCUGUAGGGGGUUGGGACGACAAAAUUCACAUUUUGGAUUUGACGUGGACUGUCGCUGCAACACUCGAGCUUUCCGCACGCAUUCCGUCCGGUGUUGUGAGUGUACCAUUUGGAGAGAACCAUCCAAAUGGCAGGAGACAACAGAAGGUCGAGGUUUCUUAUCAUGUGCCCAACUAUUCCGCAACCAAGCCCGCUUCUGAAAGUAUAGCAGAUGAACGCUUGAGGAGUCCUCACUCGAUCGUCAUCCAGAGAGCUGAUAUGACGAAAUCGAACCCCAAAAGCGGCACCGCACAGCUGGAAUGGAACAAAAAUGGGUCUCUGCUACUUGUGCGCUUCGAUAAUUCACCGAAUGCGCUGCAUAUAUUCGAUUUCCCGACGAUGGAACAACCAGAAUUCCGACCUAGAUUACGAUCUGUUUUGCUGCAUAGUCGCCCAAUAGCUCACGCAAGGUGGAAUCCCGUCCGCAAGGGCUCCCUGAUACUUUGUUGUGCCUCCCAAAGUCUGUAUAUGUGGAGUGAUGAAUGGGUGGGAGAGAACGGAGAGGAGGAAAUGGCAGAAUGCAUUGGAGUCCCAGCGAAAAGCUUCGAGACACGGGAUAUACGAUGGACACCAGAUGGGAAAGGUGUUGUACUUUUGGACAGCAAGGAUUCGCUGUUCUGUUGUGCUUUUGAGGUUGAAGAUGCUUAA